GGUUGUUUGUUUGGAAGGAGCGCUUCGUUUGCCGUGCGGCUUCAUUUUCCCUCACAGAAAUAGUGAAAAUCCGUGUAGAACCGUACGAAUUUGUGAUAUUCUUGUGUGAAAUUCGCUAAAUAAUUCAUAAAGCAUCAAUUUUCGCUGGAAUCUUGCAUAAAAAACGUCAACGGAGUGCCACCGCAAACAUGGAUUCGGAUUUGUACGACGAGUUCGGCAACUACAUCGGGCCGGAUUUGGAGAGCGACGACGAUGACGACCAGAGCUUGUACGGCGCGCCGGACCAGCAAGAUGACCUGGACAUGGACGACAUGGCGGAGGAGGAAGCCGAGCGGGAAGAGGGAGGGGCCGAUGCGGGAGGGAGUUCGCGCGCGAUCGUGCUGCACGAGGACAAGCGGUACUACCCGUCGGCGCUGGAGGUGUACGGGCAGGACGUGGAGACGAUCGUGCAGGAGGAGGACGCGCAGCCGCUGGACAAGCCGCUGAUCGAGCCGGUCAAGCGGUUGAAGUUCCAGAUUAAGGAGCAGGAGUUGCCGGAGACGAGCUAUGAUAUGGAGUUUUUGGCGGAUUUGAUGGAUACGCCGACGUUGAUACGGAAUGUGGCGUUGAUUGGGCAUUUGCACCAUGGGAAGACGACGUUCGUGGACUGUUUGGUGCGGCAGACGCAUCCGCAGUUUCAGGACAUGGACGAGCGGAAUUUGCGGUACACGGACACGCUGUUUACGGAGCAGGAGCGGGGGGUGAGCAUUAAGGCGACGCCGAUAACGCUGGUGCUGCCGGACGUGAAGAGCAAGAGCUUUUUGAUCAAUGUGUUUGAUACGCCGGGGCAUGUGAACUUUUCGGAUGAGGUGACGGCGGCCAUGCGGAUGUGCGACGGAGUGGUGCUGUUUGUGGACGCGGCCGAGGGCGUGUCGUUGAAUACGGAGCGGUUGUUGAAGCACGCGAUUCAGGAGCGGUUGGCGAUUACGGUGUGCAUUAAUAAGGUGGACCGGUUGAUGCUGGAGUUGAAGUUGCCGCCGCAGGACGCGUACUUUAAGCUGAAGCACAUUGUGGAGGAGAUCAAUGGGCUGUUGACGCUGUACGGGGAUGCGAACACGAAGCAAGUGUCGCCGAUUUUGGGGAAUGUUUGCUUCGCAAGCUCGCUGUACGGGAUCUGCUUCACGCUGAAGUCGUUUGCCCGGUUGUACGCGGACACUUACGACGGGGUGAGCGCGGGGGAGUUUGCGCGGCGGUUGUGGGGGGACAUGUACUUCCACAAUAAGAGUAGGAAGUUUACGAAGAAACCGCCGCACAGUUCGGCGCAACGGAGCUUCGUGGAGUUUAUUUUGGAGCCGCUGUACAAGCUGUUUGCGCAGGUGGUGGGGGAUGUGGACACGACGCUGGCGGACACGCUGGCCGAGCUGAACAUCCGCGUAACGAAGGAGGAGAUGAAGUGCAACAUAAGGCCACUUUUAAGGUUGAUUUGCAAUCGGUUCAUUGGGGAUUUCUGCGGGUUUGUGGACAUGUGCGUGGAGCACAUUCAGUCGCCGCUGGAGAACGCCCAGAGCAAGAUUGACCACAUUUACACGGGCGUGAAGGAGAGUGGAAUCUACCAGGACAUGCUGAACUGUGACCAGAACGCGCAGCUGAUGGUGCACAGCUCGAAGAUGUACCCGACGGAGGAUUGUACGUUCUUCCAGGUGUUGGCGCGGAUUAUGAGCGGGACGUUGCACGCCGGCCAGGAGGUUCGAGUGCUGGGUGAGAACUAUUCGCUGGUGGACGAGGAGGAUUCCCGGACGCUGCAGGUCGGCCGGUUGUGGAUCUACGAGGCACGGUACAAGGUCGAGUUGAACCGCGUCCCCGCCGGCAAUUGGGUCCUCAUCGAGGGAAUCGACCAGUGCAUCGUCAAAACCUCGACCAUCACCGACGUCAACAUGAACGAGGACGUGUUCAUCUUCCGGCCGCUCAAGUUCAACACCCAGUCCAUCAUCAAGAUCGCCGUCGAACCGGUCAACCCGUCGGAACUGCCCAAGAUGUUGGAUGGGCUGCGCAAGGUCAACAAAUCGUACCCGCUGCUGUCGACUCGGGUGGAGGAAUCGGGGGAGCACGUGAUUCUCGGGACUGGUGAACUCUACCUGGACUGCGUGAUGCACGACCUGCGUAAGAUGUACUCCGAGAUCGACAUUAAAGUGGCCGAUCCCGUGGUGGCCUUUUGCGAGAGUGUCGUCGAGACGAGUUCGCUCAAGUGUUUCGCCGAAACGCCGAAUAAGAAGAACAAAAUUACGAUGAUUGCGGAACCGCUGGAGAAGGGUCUGGCCGAGGACAUCGAGAACGAAUCCGUCUGCAUCGGGUGGAACAAGAAGAAGCUCGGCGAGUUCUUCCAGGUCAACUACGACUGGGAUCUGCUGGCGGCGCGAUCGAUCUGGGCCUUCGGUCCGGACAACACCGGCCCAAACAUCCUCGUCGAUGACACGCUCCCCUUCGAAGUGGACAAAACCCUGCUCGGCGCCGUCAAGGACUCCAUCGUGCAAGGGUUCCAGUGGGGAACUCGCGAAGGCCCGCUCUGCGAGGAACCCAUCCGCAACGUCAAGUUCAAAAUCCUCGACGCCGUCAUCGCCCAGGAACCGCUCCAUCGCGGCGGUGGCCAAAUCAUCCCGACGGCCCGUCGAGUCGCCUACUCCGCCUUCCUCAUGGCCACGCCCCGCCUCAUGGAACCGUACCUCUUCGUCGAAGUGCAAGCCCCCGCCGAUUGCGUCUCCUCGGUGUACACCGUGCUCGCCCGGCGCCGUGGCCACGUCACCCAGGACGCUCCCGUCCCCGGUUCCCCGCUCUACACCAUCAAAGCGUUCAUCCCCGCCAUCGACUCGUUCGGCUUCGAAACCGACCUGCGGACGCACACCCAAGGCCAAGCCUUCUGCCUGUCCGUCUUUCACCACUGGCAGAUCGUCCCCGGCGACCCCCUGGACAAGAGCAUCGUCAUCCGCCCGCUCGAACCCCAACCAGCGACCCACCUCGCCCGCGAGUUCAUGAUAAAGACGCGACGCCGCAAGGGACUCUCCGAGGACGUCUCCAUCAACAAGUUCUUCGACGAUCCCAUGUUGCUCGAGCUCGCCCGCCAGGACGUCCUGCUCAACUACCCCAUCUAAACUCUAAAAUUCUAAAUAAACAAAAAAUAGUUGUGGAA